CGGUGCGAGGCCAUCGCCGGCGGCGCCUGGCAGGAGCAUGGCAUCGCCGCCGCAGAGAUGCAGGCGUGGACGCACCGGAUGCACGGCCUCCUGCAGCACGUGGAGGAAACCGCCCUGGCCAACCUGCACGCCGUCAGCCAGAAGCUCAGCACCAGGCUGGCGCAGAUGGUUGUGAAAAUAGAUGAUGAAAUUAGGGAACGAGAGGACCUCCGGAAGCAGGCACGCAGCAUACUGAAUGGCAACAUAUCUGGUAUUGAUCUAGAGAAGUUUAUAAAGCACUUAAAGGCCCUGGCAGAGAAUUAUCCAGUGGUGCACGACUCGAGUGAUGCCAAAGUUGGGUUGUAUGUGUGGGAGGUGGUCAAUGAGCUGGAGGAGAUUGUACAGGAGAUCAUUCCAAACUGCAUAAGGGUUAUCGACACCCAUGACAGGUUUUCCCUUAUCUCCAAGCAGGAGGAGCAAGGACAGGGAGAGGGAGAAGGCGAUGGUGAUGGAGAGACAUCCAAAGAAAUAGAGUGUUCAGUUAAUGAUCUCCAGCCAGUAAAUGCCCAUCCUGAAAAAGAUGAUGAUGUUGAGAAAGAGGACUCUAUCAGCAAAUCUGACCCCACAAAAGCAGUUGCAGCAAUGAAUGGUACUUUGGAAUCAACUCCAAAUAGCCAGGAGACUGGCAAUAAUCCUGCAGUCCGUGAUUUCAAUUACAACUUUACAGAUAUUCCUGACAGUGGUGAUAAUGUUUGUAAAGUUUCAAAAGACUGGAGAGGUCAUGGAGCAAGGCCAAAGGCGUGGUCAUUGAGGAGUUUGCGGAAAAGUGUCUCCAUAUCAAGUUUACACUCCCAACCAUCAAGUGUUGCAACUUCUAUUCAGCCAUCAAAAAAUGCUACAUUUGUAAUAAAUGAUGAAGUGAUUGUCACUCAUAUUCAGAAUCCAUCUGUGUUCUACAUUCAGAGACUAGCAGAUUCAGCAAAACUACAAUUAAUGUCAAAAGUGAUUAAUCUUAUUGCCAGAGAGAGUAAAGUUUUAACAACAAAUCCUGUUGUUGGAAAACUGUAUUUGGCACAGUACACUAGAGACAAUGUAUGGUAUCGAGCUGUUGUAACUUCUGUAGCAAUAGACAUGAAAGAAGUAUGUGUCAAGUAUGUGGAUUAUGGAAAUAGUGAAAUUCUCAAAGUGCAAAGGCUUAGGCCAUGUCCACCAGAGUACAAAUUGGAAAGAUUCCCAGCAUUUUUGUAUGCUUGUGGACUGUGGGAGAUUUUACCUGCUAAAGGAAACCUUUGGGAUUCAGAUGCCAUUAAUGUAUUUGCUGAACUUGUGAACAAUGUUCAUCUGAAGUUGCUCCAUGUUGAAGAUAAAGAAAGUGAAACAGGAAUUUACCAGGUAGAUCUUUGGAGACCAUCAACUAUAGCCGGCAUAGCUAAUGAUAGUCCACUCUCCAUCCGAGAAGUCCUCAUCUUCUUAGAGUGUGCCAUUUAUGUCAAUUAUUCUGCGCAAGAUAUGCACAAUAAGCAAGCAGCAUCUAUUUGGAAGAGGUCAUACUUUCGACAAGAGGUUCCUUUUGGGGAAGACGGCACCAGCGUGUUACUCUCCAGUCUCACAACUCCGCAUGACUUCUGUCUACAACUUGCUUCAUAUGCAACUCAUCUCACCAAAUUGAUGGAGGAAAUACAAAAGCACUAUAGGUCACCCAAAGUGGCUGCUACUGUUGAUUGGCGCAUUUAUGCACCUCGAAUAGGCAUGCCAUGUGUUGCCUUGUAUACAGGGGAUGACAAGUGGUACAGGGCUAUCAUUGAAGACAUUCCUGGAAAGAAACAAGUGGAUGUAAGAUAUGUUGACUAUGGCAAUAGGGAAAGAUUGUGGUACAAGCAACUUUAUAAGAUAACUGAAGAUUUCUUGAAGUUGCCAGCUCAGGCUAUUAAGUGCCGUCUACAGGACAUCAAUCCUAUUGGUGACAGUUGGUCUGAAAAUGCUGCUGAACACAUGGCCACUAUUUGUGAUGGCAAGGAUUUGAAGGCAUUCUUCCAUACUUCUGAAAAUGAUGAGUGUAUUGUUAGUCUUAUGGUCUGCACACAAGAGCCUGAAGAUAUUGGAGAACAGUUAAUGGAGCUUGGAGUUGCAGAAGCACCAGAAAACUUCAAGAUCCACUAUCAGAAGAAUCAGGCGUUGCGUCUCAUGCUUGGGGGUGAAAUGAUGCAGAACAAGAGGCAAGGCAGGUGUAAAAGAGCUCUGCAACAGCUCAAACAAAUGCAGGCACCAGUUUUAAAACCAGGUGCAGUCUGUGCAGGAAAACGAUGUGUUCUGGUGGAAUUCUUGACGGCUCUGUCAGUUUGUCGCAUCCAGAUACGUCUUGCUUCCCAGGCAGGAAUUUUUAGAGAUUUGCAAAAUCAGUUGGAUGAAGAACUUAAUCAACUCUUACAGCCAAUGCAGUUCACGCCAGCUGCUGGAGAAGUGUGUGCCAUCAAAAUGACACAUGCACCUUUCUGUGCUCGAGCCAGGAUUAUAAAGUUUGAUUGUGACAGUAUUCAGGUAUUGCUGGUGGAUUGUGGUGGGAUGGAAUGGGUAAAGUACUCUCAGGUGUUCCCGUUACCCGAGAGAUUAGCAAGUUUUCAAAAUCUUGCGCUGAUGGUGAGCUUGGCAGGAAUUGCUCCACCUAUGGGAAAGAGUGGAUGGCCGGGCAUCACUUUUGACCGUCUAAAAGAGGAAUUGUCAACACGCAGUAACCUUUACAUGAAGCGCAAGGGUCGGUCAGUGCUGGACCCUGAACUAGGAGUCAAAGUGAUGCCGGUGGAGCUAGGCUGGAUGCAGGAGGAAGUUGGAGGCCCCUUUGAACCCAACACUGUCCUUACCUUCUCUAUCAAUGAGCUGUUGAUAGAGUGUGGUGUAGCAUUACCAGCCAAAUCAGUUCAACCAGAUAACUCCAUGGUAGCUGAAAAAAGCUGUCUUGCUGAUUCAGCAUGUACCCUCACCUAUGAAAAAGCACUGAGUUGUGAAGACUUCUGCUUACAGGAAGCUGAGAGUUUGAGUAUCCUUUCAAUGUUAGUUGACCAAGAAAAAAUGCCUUGUGAUACCAAAGAAAACCCAUUUGCAAAGUUAAAAGAAUGGCCCUCAAGCCCUCUACCUGCUUCCGCCACUUUUAACGCCAUCCCUUCAUAUAUUGAUUAUGAGGGUGUCAUCUACCUGCAGCCGGUUGCAAAUACACGGAACAUUGAGUUGAUGCGGGAGAGCCAAACAAUACAGUUUACCGGGACAGUUGCAACAGACGAGGACCUAUGUUGGAGUCCUGGAGACCCGGUUAUUGCCAUGUUCCAUCUGGAUAAAAAGUGGUACAGAGCUACAGUCCUUCAGCGGGAGGAAGAUGGAAAUGUGAAGGUGCAGUUUAUUGACUACGGCAAUGAAGAAACAGUGCCAUUCAAUCAGUUACGGCAAACCAUUACCUUUAGCCAUAUUCCAAUUCAGUGCCAUAGAGCUGUGCUGCAUGGAAUUGUUCCUAACUCGCUGAAAGGUAAAUGGGAAACAAAACUUCUAGACUUCAUUCAUAGCACUAUAGUCGAAAAAGAGUGUAGAGUACAAGUUAUGGAGAAGACAAAAGAGGAUGGAUUACUUAAGGUGAACUUAGAAAUAUUGGAUGUUGCAAUAGAUCUGUCAUCCUUGUUAGCAGACAAAAUGAGAGUGUGCAAGCGAGUGUCAAAGGUUGAGCCUCUACUAGAAUAUGAAGAUAGUGUUGAUGUGGUUGUUGAGAGUGAUGUAUCACUAGAUUCAGUACUGGAUUUAUCCCUGCCAGUGCCAGCUCUCAAACUGCCAAGUGAUCCAAGUGAAAUUUUUCCAAUCAAAGUCACUGCUAUCAAGGAUCCCUCGCAUGUAUAUAUUGCACCAGUGUUUCUCGGCCAAGGACCAUUGUCUGCAACACAGAAAUUAGCCGAAGAAAAUUUUAUAGCAAACACAAAUUUUAUUAAGCAAGCUGCAUGUGAUAUAAAGGCCUACUCAGUUGUAUCAAACCCUGUGAUAGGUGAGAUGUACCUUGGAAAAUCCCUUAGAGGUGAAUGGUGCAGAGUGCAGGUUAAAAAGAUUGAUCCAGCUGGAAUUACUGUCCUUUACAUAGACAUUGGUAAUGUUGAGAGGAUACCACAAAACUGGUUGGUUAUAUGUCCAAGUGAAGGGAAGAAUAUCCCAGCAAAUGCCAUCUGUGUAAAGUUGCAUUGUGUAGAACCACGAGAUGGACCUCAUGCUCCUUGGGAUGAAGAUGCUUUGAAGUGUUUAAGCAGUUGCUUCAUGCAGUCAGCAGAUAAACAAUUCUGUGCUGUAGUUAAGGAAGACGGAAAUCUUCCUGUGGUCGAAAUCUACAAAGUGGAUGAACAUGGAACUCGCACCCUGGCCUAUGCAGAUGCUAUAUCAGAAGGACAUAUAGUUCUAGGGGAAGAGAUGAAAGAAUAAUAAUUUUUUCAUAUAUACAUGUUAUAAGAAUAAUUACAAAAUUUCAAAAAACAAUUGAAUUUGAUAAUGACUUCAGUUUAAAUACAGUGAUUUUUUGUCAGUGAUCUUUACUAAUUAGGAAUAUGUUUCAUUUUCUUAUAUUUCUAAGACUUUCCUUCCAGCUGUAGAAAAAACUAUUAGGAUGCAGUGAAAUGAUGAAUAUUAAUUUUUUAC